GUGGCACAAGAAUAACCAUCAUGUUUAACCAAGCUUUUAAGUUCGCUGCUAAGCCUGCUAUUGCUUUGAUUAUAGUUGUUAGUGUUCAGUUUAUUUAUAAUUGGACUUACCAAAUUGAUGCUAAAGAAUAUUAUCAAGGUAAAGGUGUUAUUAUCACUGGAGCAUCUAAAGGGAUUGGUCGUGAGCUCGCAAUUCAGGCUGCACAACUUGGCGCAAAAUUAGUAAUUGCUGCCCGUACAGAAAGUAAACUACAGGAAACUGCUUUGCUCUGUCAAAAGUACACUCCACAUGUGUAUGCUGUGGUUGCUGAUGUUAGCAAAGAGAAAGACUGUAAGCAAAUAAUAGAUAUUGCAGCUCAUAAAUUAGAAAGAAUUGACAUUAUGAUUUUGAAUGCUGCCUUUUCAUAUCCACCAAGCUGGUUCACUCAAAUUGAUCAGCCUGGAGAUGCAUUUUUAAGAGUUUUCAGUGUUAAUGUGCUUCAGAGUGUUUUCAUGGUACAAUAUGGAUUGCCUUAUCUUAAUAAAAGUCAUGGAAGCAUAAUAGCAGUAUCAUCUAGUGCCAGUCAACUUGGAAUGCCACAAGUUAUCCCAUAUGGCACUAGUAAACAUGGUCUUAAUGGAUUCUUUAAAGGUCUUCGUCAGGAAUUCUAUCUCACUAAUACACCAGUAUCAAUCACUAUAAUUCCUUUACCUUAUGUACAUACCGAAACGGCUCUUAAGAACUGGAAGCCAAUUGGAGAAAGUCAUGGCAUAUCAGCUGAUGUCUGUGCUCAGAAAAUGUUAGAUGCAAUUCCUUAUCGUCAAAGUUGGACUUACAUUGACUGGAGUACCUAUAUUGUAGGUCAUAUUUAUUCUUUAUUUCCUGACAGUAUAGAUUUUAUCAUUCGAAAAUAUCUACCAAUUAUGAGCAAUAUUUUCUAAAAUUUAAUGAUUAUUACUUGCUGUACUUUUAUUAUUGUUUUGUGACAUGUACUGUACAUGUGUAUUUUCUGACUAAAAUUGUUAAGGUUAUUAUACUUAA